AUGUCUGACUGGAAGCCCCCGGCCUUUGGAACUCCUAUCUGGAUGAGCAUACCCGCAACGAACGUCGGCCGUGCUGCAGACUUCUACAAAGCCGUCUUCAACUUUACUUACAAGGACUCUUCCGACAAGCAUCCUGAAGACCAGCUCAGGAUGUUUGACUUCAACCCGAGUCUUGGCUUGACAGGUGGCAUCCAAAAGGCCCCUGAUCGCACUGGUCAUUUCGCUCCUGGAAAGGGUGGAAUCUGCCUUCAUUGGUUUGUCGAGAAUGUCGACACUAUUGGUCCCAUCAUUGAGAAAGCUGGAGGUAAAAUGCUGAGUGAAAAGGAGAAAGAAGGCGAGUUUGGUCUGUAUCGCUACUUUGAAGAUACCGAGGGAUCUGUUGGCGCUGUCUACCAGAUGGCUUGA